UGUAAGGAUGUCUAGCAAAAUGAAAGACAGUCUUGGGCUUCAAGUGGCAGAAUUGGAAAUGCUUUUGUCUAUGUUUCCUAAUAAAGGAGAAAUAACUCUUCAAGAUGAAAAUAUUUUCCAGAAUAUUCAGAGGUACCUGGACAAUACAAGUGAAAGUCUGCCACCUAAAAUUGAGUAUUCAGUUGCUGUUCCUAUAAAUGAAACCAAGGCCAUUGUGGAUUUGCAGGUAGAUUUGCCUCUCAGUUACCCCUAUGUGACACCACAACUUUUUGCGAGAUCAAAUACACUAGACAGGCAACAACAGUUGCAGCUCAAUAAAGAUCUCACAUCUUAUAUUGCUUCUUUGGAGCCUGGAGAACUUUGUGUAUGUGCAGCUGUUCAGUGGUUACAGGACAACAGUACAUUCAGAGAACAAGACAGUGAAGUUUGUGAAAGAACGACGAGGAAAGAAGUAGUCAAAGCACAAUUUAAACAGAUGUGGAUUUACAGCCACCACAUAUACCGACAAGAACUGAGGAAAAAGAUUUUUGAAUAUGCAAAGAAAUUAAAUCUGACUGGUUUCUGCCUAGCUGGGAAGCCUGGGGUAAUCUGUGUGGAGGGCAUGAAAGAAAACUGUGAAGAGUUUUGGCGUAUUAUUAGGUAAACCAAUUGGAAACAUUCCUGCAAGCAUCUUGAGACUGGAGAAACAGAAGGAAAUGGGGAAAGUUUUCAUUUCUUUCAGACAUUUCAAGAUUUACAGUUUCAAGCCCAUGGUGAUUAUGGAUUAAGAAAUGACUAUCACAGGGACCUUGGUCAGUUCCUAGAAUUCCUUAAGGUACAUCAAAGUGAACAUAUAUUUCAGAUCUUGUUUGGCAUUGAAGGCAAAAGUCCUGACACUUAGCAUGAUUUCGUUCCCCUCUGGUUUUUGCCAGGUUUUGAGAUCUCCAAGCACCAAAUGAGAACAAGUGUGUUGGGAGGACACUUCUGGGUUAUUUUUGUGUGAAAUUGAGAGGGAGGGUUGGUGUGAUUAUGAUCAUCUUAAUAAAAUGCAGUCUUUGAAAUUUUA